GUCUGGAUAAUUCUCAUCCAGAAUCUGUUUUCUUAUUUACCUUUUUUUAAAAAAAAAAUCUUUUCUUAUUCUUUUCUCCUCUUUGAAACUGAAAUAUGAGUUCUAGCAUGGAAAUAGAUUUCUUGAAACUCAACAGGGAAAGCUCAUCAUCAAAAAUGGAGAAACAACAACCUCAAGAUUAUGGGAAGAAGAGGUCCUUUUCAUCCAUGCUUGACAAGGCCAAUAUUCAAGCUGAUCAAAGCACCUUCUUUCCGAACCACAGUUCCAAUUGGAUAGUUCCCAGCAGUUCAACACUGUCACAGCUAAAUAAUGAGAAAAUCUCACUGGCUGAAUACAACUUUGCUGCUAGAGAAACCAAAUACUUUGGAGAAGCUCUCCCUAAAACAAGCAAUUUUGCACUUCCUUUUCUUGACAAGCCUAAUGCUUCAACUUCAAGGAACAUUUCUGAACAUUCAAGGUUGCAUUCAACAUUGACCAUAUUCUACUCUGGAGAGGUCUAUGUUUUUCCUAAUGUCACCCCAGAAAAGGCCGAAUUAAUUAUGCAUAUGGCUGCUAGAGGCAUGAAUCUUGAUAAGAUUUCAAAUAUUGCAAGUAAAGAAAAGGCUGAAGAAAACACAUCAGAGCCUUCAAAACAGAAUUCAUGUGCUAAUAAUGAUAGAGGAGUCCAACUUUUUGCUACAGUAUUGGUUAUGGCUCGUACAGCAACGCUUGCACGAUUUUUGGAAGAGAGGAAGCAUAGAUUGAUCAAUGAAAGUCCAUACAAGUGUGAUGAAAAAUCAGGCAAGUAUCCUUUUGAUCAAGAAGAAGAAACAGCAUCCUCUGGUAGUCUCUGGGAAAGUUAAUUAACAAUUCCAGACAAAAUCAUUCAAAAAUAUUGUAUGGUUUUUAUAGUAUUGUUUCUUUUAAUUGUGUUUGGACAAUGUUAUAAGUUAAUUUUUAUCUCCUUGUGAUAUCUGACUAAACACAUUUAACUAUAUAUAAUUAUAAUUGUGCACUA